UUAUAUUGGCUAUGCUUUGAGUCUCGUCUCGCUAACUUUAGCGCUGAUUGUUUUCGCCUACUACAAAGAGUUGCGUUGUCUGCGCAACACCAUCCAUGCCAAUUUGUUUUUCACGUACAUCAUGUCGGCUUUUUUCUGGAUUCUGUUGCUGUCUGUGCAGAUCUCCAUUCGCAGUGGAUUGAGCAGCUGCAUUGCUCUUGUCACGCUCUUUCACUUCUUCACGCUGACCAAUUUCUUUUGGAUGCUGGUCGAGGGUUUGUAUCUAUAUAUGCUGGUGGUCAAGACCUUCUCGGGCGAUAACAUACGCUUCAAUAUAUACGCCUCAAUUGGCUGGGGCGGCCCAGCACUUUUUGUGGUUACCUGGGCGGUGGCAAAGGGACUGACGGUUAACUACAAUACGGAGAAGUAUGACAUCAACUGUCCCUGGAUGGAGGAGACAAAUGUCGACUGGAUAUUCCAGGGUCCUGUUUGUGCUGUCCUCAUUAUCAAUCUGACAUUCCUGCUGCGCAUCAUGUGGGUGCUUAUUACCAAACUCCGCUCGGCAAAUACUGUGGAGACGCGUCAGUAUCGAAAGGCGGCAAAGGCGCUGCUCGUUCUCAUUCCGCUCUUUGGCAUCACCUACUUGGUGGUGCUGGCAGGACCCUCCGAAUCGGGACUAAUGGGUCACAUGUUUGCCGUUCUACGGGCCGUACUCCUCAGCACACAGGGCUUUUGGGUGUCGUUGUUCUACUGUUUUCUCAACUCGGAGGUGCGAAAUGCGCUGCGACAUCAUGUAUCCACCUGGCGCGACUCACGCAACAUUCAACGCAAUCAGAACCGACGCUAUACAACAAAAAGUUUCACCAAGGGCGGCGGCUCCCCGCGCGCUGAAAGCAUGCGGUUAAUUUUUAUAACCAGCCCUUUGACCUCGUACUAUGGACGCGGCAAGCGGGAGUCUUGUGUCUCUUCGGCCACAACAACAACACUGGUGGGACAACAUGCACCGUUGACAUUGCAACGCGGCUCGAACAAUGCGUUGCACAUGCUGCCCACGAACAGUAAUCUAACGGGAACUGGCAGCACACUCAGUGUCCUGCCUCGGGCCAUAAGUCCCCUAAUGAAGCAGGGACUCGAGGAGAAUUCUGUCUAAUGUGAUGGACAUCAACAAAUAUACCCACACACAUACACCCACACACACACACACAUACAAGUGGAGAGUAGCUUAAAUUUAGUCUCCUAGGCAUUGGUAUUUGAUGGAACUGUAAAUUGUACAACUAGUCGAAGAUUUUAGCAAGAGCAACAAGCAUCUUAAGAGACUGAACUGAAAUAUUUCAUUUAAAUUAAUUUUCUUACCCACUUUCCCCUCUCCCUCCCUUUCUAUUACGCAACUGAACUAUUUGUAGUCUUAGCUAAAUAAUGUAAAUGUGCUGUUUUUAACUGUUGAAUGUUAUUGAAUGUUUCACCCAUCGCAUAAAGAAGCUACCUAAUCUCUUAUCUGUACAUAAAUAUAUAAGGCAAAAUGUUACUAAAAUUAAUUAUAAUACAUUCACACAAAACACUUGAAAUUACUAAUAAAUGGGCUAUUU